AUGACUCCCCAACACCAAGCCGGCGGACGGUCUGUCCAAGCCGUCGCCACCACCAUAGAUCUCGAGUGUCCUCAUAACUACUCUAUCAAUCAUGCACGCAAAAUAAAUGAUUCUGGCUCCCACCCCUCCGGAGCUAAGGGUCUUGCUCUCGCCCAAGACAACUUCGAAGACAGCAGAUUUAUCGACGCCAGCGAUAAUGAUCAUCCCACCACCGGAACCAACGCUUACGAAGACUUCAUCCUUUAUGACUCGGAUACUCCCUUUAUCGAUGAAGAAGCCUCGACAACGCCAAAUCAUGGCUCAAUCUACAACGGCAACAGCAACAGUCAGACCGCCUAUCGCCCAAAGUACACUUCAUACGGUCCACCUGAUCACAGCGAAAAUCUCCAACCAAUGGCAGACCUCACCCAGACGGCCCAUAGUGUAGAGAACCUCUAUGAGGCCAGUCGUUCUCCCGAGCGCUGCUCGUUGUUCGGCGAAUUCAAGCUUGUACCCACGGGGCCGUCUAUGCUUAACGAGUGGUCGAUCACGCCUCAUCGCCAUGAAGACAUGGCAUCUCAUUUCGAGCAGUUGUCCCGUUAUACCCCGGACUCCGGAUCUCCAGCGUCAUCCUCACCUAGAAGUCGCCAUCGCCGACGCAAGUCGGGAAAGAAGCAUCCUAAGCAUUGA